CCCCCCAAACCCAACACCCAACGCGCUUCUUGACCGAAACUUGGCCAAACAAUCCUCAUUCUGUGGGAGGUCCGUGGGCGAAAUAGUUGCGCGAGGCCUAAAACGAUCACAGGCGUCCUGCUUCGCGCAGCACAAGACUCUAGCCCAAGAUGACGCAAGCGCCCAUGAUCUCGGUGCCUCUCAAGGCCACCAACGAGAUUGACUGGGUCACGCCUUUGAAGUCUUACAUCCAGAACACGUACGGCGACGACCCCGAGAGAUAUGCGGAGGAAUGCGCCACUCUCAACCGCCUGCGACAGGACAUGCGGGGAGCUGGGAAGGACAGCACCGCGGGGAGGGACCUCCUAUAUCGGUACUACGGCCAGCUCGAACUAUUGGAUCUACGCUUUCCCGUCGACGAACAGCAUAUCAGGGUCUCCUUUACCUGGUUCGACGCCUUCACGCACAAGGCCACGGCGCAGUACUCGCUAGCGUUCGAAAAGGCGUCCAUCAUCUUCAACAUCUCCGCCGUCCUCUCCUGCCACGCCGCCAACCAGAUACGAACCGAAGAGGCAGGCCUCAAGCAGGCAUACCACUCCUUCCAAGCCUCGGCCGGCAUGUUCACGUACAUCAACGAAAACUUCCUCCACGCCCCCUCCUCCGAUCUUAGUAGAGAGACGGUAAAGGCUCUCAUAAACAUCAUGCUGGCCCAAGCACAAGAGGUCUUCUUGGAGAAGCAGAUUGCCGACCAGAAGAAGAUUGGCCUCCUAGCGAAGUUGGCGAGUCAAGCCGCGACGCUUUACGGACAAGCACUCGAGGGCGUACAGGAAAAUGUCACCAAGGCAAUAUUCGAGAAGGUUUGGCUGUUGAUGGUACAGGCCAAGUUCAACUUGAUGGCCUCCAUUGCCCAGUAUUACCAGGCGCUUGCCGACGACGACGCGAACUCGCACGGCAUGGCCGUCGCCCGGCUACAGGUGGCCGAGGAUCACGCACGAGAAGCCAGUAAAAUAGCCAACAAUUUCCCGAGUUCCAUACCGCCCAGCUCGAACUUGACGGCAGACUGUGGCGCUACGCUAGCCGAGGCAACCAAGAGACACCUGGCUGUGGCCCAACAGAAGCUCAAAGAACUGACAAAGGACAACGACUUUAUUUACCACCAGCCGGUGCCCGAUGCGGCCGGGGUACCGGCGGUAGCGAAACUGCCCGCCGCAAAGCCCAUCCCGGUCAGCGAGCUUUACGCGGGGCAGGAUAUCCAACGGAUUACCGGUCCUGACCUCUUUGCGAAGAUCGUCCCCCUAGCAGUUACCGAAUCGGCGAGUUUGUACGACGAGGAGAAGGCGAAGCUGGUGAGAGCCGAGACGGAGAGGGUAGACACCGCAAACGGCGAGAUGGCUGCGAGCCUGGAUUACCUAAGGCUACCCGGCGCCUUACAGGUCCUGAAGGGCGGUUUCGACCAGGAGAUCCUACCCGACGAAGACUUCAGAACAUGGUGUGUCGACGUCGCAGACCACGAAGACCCUUCCAAGAUCUUCGAUGUUUUACAUACGCAGAAGCAAACGAUAGUGACAUCCUUGGAAAGGAGCAGCAAGCAAUUGGACAUGGAGGAAAGCGUGUGCGAGAAGAUGAGGUCCAAAUACGAGUCGGAUUGGACUCAACAGCCCAGCUCGCGGUUGACCACCACGCUAAGAGGUGACAUCCGGAAUUAUCGGGAAGCGUUGGACGAAGCCGGGAGGAGCGAUGGCCGACUUGCCACAAAGUUACGGCAAAACGAGUUCGAAUUCGGCGAAAUGCGCUCGGCUGCCGAGAACGGCGAGGUCGACGCUCUAUUCCAACGAGCCGUCAAGAAGGUGCGGAAGUCGAGCAAUGCCAACAGCCCCUCCUCGGAGCCCAACCUGCUCGAUGCCGACUUCGACGACGGCGGGCCCAGCGUCGUUGAUCAGAUUGCCAAGGUGGAGGAUAUUCUGAAGAAGCUGAAUCUCAUCAAGCGGGAGCGCAUCCAAGUGCUCAAGGACUUGAAGGAGAAGGCACACAACGACGACAUAUCACAGAUCUUGAUCCUGAACAAGAAGUCGAUAGCCAACUAUGAGCAGCAGCUAUUCCAACAGGAGCUCGAGAAAUACCGCGGGUUUCAAAACCGUCUAGUCCAGGCGACCCACAAACAGGCAGCCUUGAUGCGAGAGCUAACCGUCGCCUUCAAUGGUCUUCUGCAGGAUAAACGGGUCCGGGCAGAGCAGAGCAAGUACGAGUCGUUCCAACGGCAGAGGGGAACGGUGAUCGGAAGGUACAAACGGGCGUACCAGGAAUUCUUGGAUCUCGAGGCCGGCCUCCAGAGCGCGAAAACCUGGUACAAUGAAAUGAAGGAGACAGUCGAGAGUCUCGAGAAGAACGUUGAGACUUUCGUCAACAACCGACGAGCCGAGGGCGCUCAGCUACUCAACCAGAUAGAGCAGGACCGGGCCGCUAACAAGGGGGCGCAAGCUGCGAUGGAGCAAGAACGAAUAAGGGGCUUGAUGGAGCGCAUGUCGAUGGAGCCACCACCAACGUCUCCCCAGCCAGCGUCAUCACGGCCGACGCCCGCGCCCCUCUCUUUCAGCUCGGCACCCAUGUACCCCAACGCCAUUUCCGCACAAUACCAGCUUCCCAGCUCACCACCACCCAUGCAAACAACCGCCCCCCAGUCCUUCAUGCAGCAGCAGGGAGGUCAAACCUUUACCUACAACCCCAGCUCCCAUGGCCGCAUCCCCGGCCCGGCGUCCCCCCCACCGACCCAGUCAACCUUCAACAUCGGCCACAUGCGACCCGGCCCGGCAUCGCCACCACCCACGCAGACCACGUUUUCCCAGCCGUCGCGAUACAGCACCUACGGGAACCCAGCCGCCAUGGCGCAUCAACAACCGCAUCAGCAGCAGCAGCAGCAGCAGCAGCAGCAGCAGCAAUUACCCACCCAGCAACAGCAACAGCACGCGAGCUAUGUCCCACCCAACUUUGUGCCGCCUCCGCCCCCGCCGGGACCGCCGCCCCUGGGGCCGCAACAGACGGUCCAUUACGGAGCGGGGUAUUACAACGGUGAUCCCAACGCGGGGCGGCCGGGGUCGGCGCAGCAGCAGCAUAUGCAGGGCCAGGGGCAGGGGCCGCCGGGGCAGGGACAGCAGGAUCCGUGGGCGGGGUUGAGUGCGUGGAAAUGAGAUUGGGG